AUGAUGAGAACGACCGAAGCGGACCUUGCUCGGCUGGACGAGAAAAACGAUUAUCCGAUCUUCGGGAGUCCCAUCACGCUCCGUGCCUUGUGGGAAACGCUGGUAUCCUAUCGCAAUCCUAAUGCCUUGUACACGCUCGUUGUGGCGCACAUAGCAUGGUCGUCCGCGGUCGAGCGUCGGGAACCGAUGGAUUUUAUCGAUUUUGACAGUCUGCGUUUACCGAACCGGCCGUUGUCUGGGCCGGGUGGACGCACUACGUUUGCGCUCGAUGUCUGGAUUGGCCGCAGUAUGGUGUCGCAAAGCCGACAACGGGAGGAUAGUAUCACCUUUCACAUUCUCGUCGUUGUACCGUGUCUAAUUCUGACGUGCCUCUUGGUCCCCACCGGAUUCCUUCUCUGCCACGUGCUCAUGAACGCGUCGGGGAAAACAACGCAAGCACCGGAUUUGGUCCAAGGCGAGCCUUUCUCCCCCAACAGUAAUGUAAAUCGUGCCUAA